GCUCCCGCAAUGCUGCGCGCCUUGCACUGCCCUGCUGCAGGCGCCGGGCAGGGGCGAGCGAGCGAGGCGGUGUCAGCGCGGGAGGGCUGCGGUGCGCUGCAAGGGCUGAGCUGCAGCCCUCGGGCAGAUGGACUUCAAGAAAAUUACGGAUGAAGUUUCCAAAAAAAUGUUGUCAUACAGUCAAGAUACAUCAGGAUGGAGAGUAAUAAAAGUUUCGAAAAAUGUUACAGUUUCUUCAAAACCUUCAAAAGAAUAUGCAGGACAUCUAUACUGUGGAGAAGGGAUAAUUAAGGAGGUACCUUCUAAAGUUAUUCCCUUUAUGUAUCUUCCUGAACAUCGAUCCAAGUGGGACAAGGCAUUACAGUCUUACCGGCUGCUAGAAAAGAUUGAUCAGGACACGGGCAUAUAUCACAGUGUUACACAGAGUUAUGGUAUGGGACUGAUUUCGUCAAGAGAUUUUGUUGAUGUGGUACACAUUAAGCCAUAUGCUGGAGGUAUCCUUACUACUAACUCUGUCAGUGUGGAGUAUCCAGAAUGCCCUCCGUCUCCCUCUUGCAUCCGUGGUCAUAACAACCCUUGUGGCUAUGUUUGUUCCCCACUGCCAGAGAACCCAGAACAUUCCAAACUAGUUGUUUUUAUCCAGCCAGAAUUGGGAGGAAUCUUGCCUCAUUCAGUGGUGGAAACAGCAUUGCCAACUAUCCUCAUAAACUUAAUCACUGACACAAGGGCUGGACUAAAGACGUUAAAUAAGUAGAUACCAUAGUCAAACAUAAAGAGAAAGA